AGUAGGUGUUAGUGAGAUAACCACUCAGCAAACAUGCCUGAAACCGUGAAAGCGCCGAAGAAGGGCUCAAAGAAAGCCGUCUCUAAGGCCACCAAGACCGGGAAGAAGAGGAGAAAGUCCAGGAAGGAGAGCUAUGCUAUCUACGUCUACAAGGUCCUGAAGCAGGUCCACCCCGACACCGGUAUCUCCUCCAAGGCUAUGGGCAUCAUGAACUCGUUCGUGAGCGACAUCUUUGAGCGCAUCGCCGGGGAGUCCUCUCGUCUGGCUCAGUACAACAAGCGCUCGACCAUCACCUCCAGGGAGAUCCAGACCGCUGUCCGCCUGCUGCUGCCCGGUGAGCUGGCUAAACACGCCGUGUCUGAGGGCACCAAGGCUGUGACCAAGUACACCAGCUCCAAGUAAACCCACUGAUAACCAGCAACUCAACGGUCCUUUUAAGGACCACCCAACAUUUCUUUAAAGAGCUACAAUCCGUUUAACAAAAUGAGACCUCGUGUGUCAUGU